CAGAAUACGUAGGAGGAGGAGAGGUCUCGGACAUGGGGAGAUUCAGCACUGGCCCGUCUGAUAGAGAUCGGUCGUUUUUUUUUAUUUGUUAAAAAAAAAAAAAAACCGAGAGGCCUUAGCAAAAAACAAACAAGCGGUAAAAACCAUCACUGGCACAAAAGCUUUGAAUAAAUCAAUGGACUGAAUGAAGACUGCCUACAACGCCUAUCGAUGCCUGGCCAAGGAUCUGGAUGGUUACGCCAUGAACCCAGAGAUGACAAUGGACAGCAUUGGUAAUCUGCAUGGUGGAGUAAGCCAUGAACAGGAUCUGAUGAGCAGUCACAGCCCCCAUCACAACCGGAACACGGGGGCUACUUUGCGGAUACACCAGGAUUUGGCCGCGGCAUCGUCGCGCUCAGCGAUGGUGUCCAGUAUGGCAACGAUUCUUGACGGCGCCGGGGAGUACCGACCAGAACUGUCCCUACCGCUCCACCACGCUAUGAGUAUGCCGUGCGACACGUCCCCUCCCGGGAUGGGCAUGAGUGGCACCUAUACCACGUUAACUCCACUUCAGCCUUUACCGCCUAUUUCAACCGUCUCGGACAAAUUCCACCAUCCGCAUCACCACCAUCACCACCACCAGCGUCUCUCUGGAAAUGUAAGCGGGAGUUUUACUCUGAUGCGGGACGAGAGGGGCUUACCAGCGAUGAACAACCUCUACAGCCCUUACCAUAAGGACAUGUCCGGGAUGGGUCAGAGCUUGUCUCCGCUGGCCAGCAGUCCGCUCGGUAACGGUUUGGGCUCCAUCCACAACACGCAGCAGAGCCUCCACAACUAUGGCACACACGGGCACGACAAAAUGUUGAGCUCUAACUUUGACGCCCACACUGCCAUGCUGGCCAGAGGGGACCAGCAUCUUUCACGAGGCCUCGGUGGCCCCACGACGGGUAUGAUGCCACAUCUGAACGGCAUGCACCACACUGGGCACCCGAGCCACCCUCAAUCCCACGGGCCUGUGUUGGCUUCCAACCGGGACAGACCGCCCUCCUCCUCUGGCGCGCAAGGUAACAGCUCUGGGCAGCUCGAAGAAAUCAACACCAAAGAAGUAGCUCAGCGGAUCACGGCCGAGCUGAAGCGAUACAGCAUCCCGCAAGCAAUCUUCGCGCAGAGAGUUCUGUGUCGUUCGCAAGGCACGCUGUCCGAUCUGUUACGGAACCCCAAACCGUGGAGUAAACUUAAAUCCGGUAGGGAGACGUUUCGGAGAAUGUGGAAGUGGCUGCAGGAACCAGAGUUUCAGAGGAUGUCAGCUCUACGGCUUGCAGCAUGCAAAAGAAAAGAGCAAGACUCCAGCAAGGAGAGGAGCGCCACACCAAAGAAGUCCCGCCUGGUUUUUACUGACCUCCAGCGGCGAACACUACUGGCCAUCUUCAAAGAGAACAAACGUCCGUCCAAAGAGAUGCAGCUGACGAUCUCUCAGCAGCUCGGCCUGGAACUGAGCACUGUUAGCAACUUCUUCAUGAACGCCCGCAGACGCAGUCUGGACAAAUGGAUGGACGAGGGAAGUCCGGGUGGAGGGUCCUCCACCUCCAGCACUUGUACCAAAGCCUGAAUCCA